AUGCAUCUGACUGAGGCUCUGCUGCUGCUGCUGGCGACCGCCCCGGCUUCGUAUGCCGCCGUAUCUGCCUGGGGCCAGUGCGGAGGUUCAGGCUAUAGUGGCGACACUACGUGUGUGUCUGGCUACACCUGCGUGACUGUGAACCAAUGGUACUCCCAAUGCCAGGAAGGGUCCGCAGGUCCCUCCACCACGCUCACCACAAUCACUACGACGGGCAGCGGCACUACCCCCAGCUCGACCUCAGGCAGCAUCGAUGCCAAGUUCAAAGCGCGGGGCAAGAAGUACUUUGGUGUGGCGACGGACCAGGGCCGGCUCACGAGCGGGCAGAAUGCAGCCAUCAUUCAGGCCGACUUUGGCCAAGUCACGCCUGAAAACAGCAUGAAGUGGGACACAAUUGAGUCAUCGCGCAACUCGUUCAACUUUGCGCAGGCCGACUACUUGGUUGACUGGGCGACGACUAAUGGCAAGCUGAUCCGCGGCCACACGACUGUUUGGCAUUCACAGCUGCCAAGCUGGGUCUCGAGUAUCACCGACAAGGCCACUCUCACGACCGUCAUGCAGAACCACAUCACCACUGAAAUGGGCCGCUGGAAAGGAAAGAUCUACGCUUGGGAUGUGGUCAACGAGAUAUUCAACGAGGACGGUUCGUUCAGGUCCUCGGUUUUCUACAACGUCCUCGGCGAGGAUUUUGUGCGCAUCGCCUUUGAAGCUGCGCGCGCCGCCGACCCCAACGCCAAGCUAUACAUCAAUGACUAUAACCUUGACUCCGCCACCUACGCUAAAACCACCGGUCUGAUAUCCAAGGUCAAGGCCUGGCGCACCGCUGGCGUCCCCAUCGAUGGAAUUGGCUCCCAGUCGCACCUACAAGCCGGUCAAGCCUCCAGCUCUGGCGCGGCCAUGAAGGCCCUCUGUGCUGCCGCGGAUGAGUGCGCCAUCACCGAGCUCGAUAUUGUGAAUGCUGCCGCUGCCGACUAUGUCGCUGCGACAAAGGCUUGUCUAGAUGUUGCGAAUUGCGUUGGUAUUACCGUCUGGGGUGUCCGCGACCCUGAUAGCUGGAGAGCGAGCAGCACACCAUUAUUGUUUGAUGCAAACUUCCAGCCGAAGCCGGCAUAUACGGCUAUUUUGAACUCUUUGUAA